UUAGAUCAUACCAACUCCUGUUGUUGAGAUCGUCGCUCCUGCUCGGGAUACCACCCACCUACGCUGCAAGUGACAUAAAAGUUGCGCGGUUGCACGAGAUCAUUGUGGGUGUGAAAGGAUUUUCAUAUCAGACAUUUCCCACCCGCUGUCGUGUAUAGUUUGCUCUGCGAUAGCGCAGCCAUGCUUCUGUUUAUUGUGCGUCGCGUCGCGGGGUGAUAAAAAUCGUCAGAACAAUACAUAUUAUGGAAAAGCAUUAAAACCGUUAGAAACCGUUUCCAACAGUUUUCUUCCGAAAAUGUGCACCUGUUUUUGGACUGGAACUUGAGCAAAACGGCGAAAUAAAAAUGGUGUGUUCGAAGAAAAGUGUUCGCGUGCAGAAAAAUAGAUCCCCGGAACGGUCGGUGUAGCUAAAUUGUGUUUAAUUAUAAAUCAGCUCUAGGUUUGGGCUGCCAGGAUCAACAGCCAGUCCAAAACGAGCGAAGAAGGGCACGACUAAGUGCAAAACAAGUAGCUUUGGCGUCCCAAGCAGGCACUGGGUUUCGGAUUUCGUCGAAGGCCACCCCGGCCUAAUUGCGCUCGAACAUGGUUCUACCAUCAUGGUCCAUCAGCAGCACAAUAGUCAGUGGGACCGGUGGCCGAUGGGCAGUGGGAACACUCAUUCUAACGCAUCUGAUUGCGUACAACGAGACUGGCGGCCCUGGGAUGAUGAUUGGAACUGCCAUCGCCGCAGUAUUGGCCAUUUUCUCCGGCGUGUGCAAGUCCAGUGUCAAAUCGCUGCAGAUGUAUUACAUUCGAACCACCCACCGGGCGGAUUAUUUCUGCCUGUUCCUGGCCAAGUGGAUGGACAUCCUGGCACUGUUUUCCGCGUGUGCAAUGCUCGUGAGGACUCUGAGCUCGUCGCUCGAUGCCAUGACCGGAGGUCUAGCGAGGAUGUACAUUUUGGGUCGCAACUCGCCGGCUAAUGAACCGUGGCCCGACGUGAUUGGGGUGGUGGUGAUUUUUCUCCUCACCGGGAUGUUUAUGCUGGGACUGGAGAAUACGAAAAUCUUCAGCUUUCUUAUGGUGACCGGAGUGGUGUCAUUUGCUUCGGUUAUUGGAGUCGUGGCAGGGUGGCGUGGAAAUUUCGAGCUUUUCGACAGUGAGGCAAUUCUUCCAAAAGGAGUCGUUGGACUUCUUUCCGGUGCGGCGCUAUCAAGUUUCAGCUUCUCGAAUGACCUCCUUAAUGGCAAUUACUGCAAACGACUUGUGGGAUUAGUCAUUAUCCUGGCGGUCUUGCUGUCCAACGAAUUGAUUGGAGCGUGCUUAACUGCUGUAAUAAAAUUUAGUACUACACAUGAGUAUGAAGCGGUGCCAGUGUUGGCGAUCUUAGAGAAUAAAGACUUCCACAAAGCGAUUCCAGCGGUGGCCUGUUUGCUGGUGCUGACCUGUUCCGGUGCGCUUCUGGAACUGUUUCCGGAAAUGUUCUACCAGAUCGUGCAGCUGACCACGUCCGACUGGAAAAUACUUGCCAAGCAGAUCGGGUACGAGAACAGAGACAGCGGAAGUCCUAUACUGGCGGUGUUCACCGGUGGGAGUUUGUGCGCGAUGUUGGCGUUUGCUUGCCCGAUGGAGAACUUGACCUAUAUUCUGGCGGCAAGCCAUCUGAUGGCCACUAUUCUGAGGGCAUUCUAUCUGCUGUAUAUUCCAUUCCGACCGCAAUACAUGGAACAACAAAAUGAUUCCUCUCUGGCGUACAGUAGGCUGAACGCUUCGCCAAAACCCGUUCCGUCGCAGUCCGGCUUAAUCAAAACGAAAAAAGCCGUCUGGUUUUUACGGAAGCCAUCGGCAGCUUCCAUCGCCCAUCACGUGCUCCAAACCAAUCGAGCCAACAAGAAUGGUCCCCGCGAGGAGCACGAACGUGAGUGGUUACUACUGGGAGAACCUCCAUCUCCAAAAGCUCCGGACAGUCCACCCAACAACGUGGAAUCGACCGUUUUGUCGGACCAGGUUUCCGACAUUGAGUGUAUCGCCCUGGCCAAACCGGAAAACACGGAUAGCGACGAGGAGAGCAGCACCGACAUUGAUGCCAUCGUUGAUGAGUACCGACAGAAGGUCAAGGUUUCGGCGGCUGGUCCGCUGGACAACAAUACGCUGAGGCUUCCUACGGCGAGCAGCUGGAAGUUGACCGUACUGUUUAUUGGGUUUAUUGUGACGGGGAGUGUGCUGACGUCAACUGGGCUUAUGCUGUGGGAGACGAAUACAAUUAUCGUUGGAGUCAAUCUGGUCUUCAUUCCGUCCGCCAUUCUGAUGCUAUUUCCUAAGUAUGAUCAGACUACUUCAACGACACCAGCGACCCUCAUUUGUACGAUUACGCUUUUGGGGUCGACCAUCUUAUAUUCAGCAUCGUUCCUCCAGUCAUGGCCAGCUUUGCUAUUGUGGUUUUUAGCAGGUCUCUUCCUAUUCAUCCGGUGCGAUACGUGGUGCUGUCUCUGCCUGGAGCGUCCCCCGUCUACGCAGACUCUGAUUGCCAGCGUGUCCGGAACCAGGACUACCAUCCGUGUGCCACGGCCCCCAAAAGGAUCUAUCAUUCCUUCGCGCAUUGCAGGGCACAGCUGACACCCGUCGGACAGUUCGGAAAGCGAAUUGUUCGACGAAGAGGACACGGUUGAGGAGUGGACCGAUUGAUGGGUCUAAAAGGGGAGACGCUGCCCAUCGACGAUUUUCGGGAUGCGCAUCGAAGUAAAAUUAAAAAAAAAAAAAUCUGAUUGUUGAGUGAAUAUUUUUUGUACUAUUGACCCCGAUAAACAAUCAUCGUUGCUCCAAGAACCGAAAAAAACAGAUAUGUGUGAUUUUACAAUAGUAUAUGAGGAGGAAUCAAAAAUGUUAUAUGUAAAUCUUUCAAUGUGAUAAUGAAUGUGGAUUUAGGAAACACAUGAGACCGAUUGAAUUCAAUUAGAAACUUAGAUAUAACUCUGUCUUUAAUGUCAAUUUGAACGAAAAAUGUGUAAACUAAAAACUGUUGGAACACAUCUACUAUAUAAAAGGUAUAAUUUGUGAGUAAUCGAAACAAGCAAUCACUGUACCGGAAAGUAUUAAAAAGGUCAACGAUUGUGGUUUGACCUAAGAGUGUUGUUUAAUUCUAAAGUGCAAUAAUAACAAAACAGACGAUACCAAAGCAUAAUCCAAGACAAAUUAGUCAUCAGUAGCAUUUUCACAAAGCAUUCUACAUUUGGUUUUCGAAAAACAACAAAACAUAAAGUCUUUCUUUGACAUCUCAGAACUUCUAUGGUGGGAGAAAAAGAGAAUUUGACGAACUCAGAAACAAAACAAAAUCUAAUCGUGUUUUCACACGCUUUUAUGAAAUUCUGAUGAUAGUCUAAAAAACAAAACUAAUACCACUUAAAUGAAUGAAUAAUUAUUAUUUUUGAGGCGUUUUUGCAAAAAAUAGAUUCAAUAAAUAAAAUAGAUUCACAUAAGCUUACUUCUGAUAGAAAAAGUAAAAGCUUCUCUUUGCAGAUCUUAUUAUUUUGACUAGGGUCAAAAACAUUAAUUAAAUAAUUUAAUAACUUUAGCAAGCAUCCAGGUCUCUAGCAUCGUCCAGGUCUCGUGUCCGUAGAGAACUACCGGUCCUAUAAGCGUUUUGUAGAUAGUUAGUUUGGUACGGCGGCGAACUCUAUUCGAUCGGAGCGUCUUGCCAAAUAUAUUAUAUUAACAAUAUGGUUCACUUCGAGUUUUUCCAUACAACGAAAUGGCGAACAAUUUGCCGGUGAUAACAACAUCAUCUAGCGAGCAAAGAGGAAUCUAAACAUGUUUUUUUUCUAGCUUGUGCUGGAAAACCCUCCUGCCAUCUUCCGGUGAGUAGUCAUACAGUUGUUCGAUGCCAUUUUACAGUGUGGGGAUGUCCAUACAUUUUUCAAUAAAUCGAUUACCGGAAUAUCGACUUUGUUAAAUGCAAACACUACUGUAAAUAUUUCGAUGAAGCAGUGCAAAGCAGACAAACUACACCUUUGCUUCAAUCGUUCAAACUGUGAAAGCCGUUCCGCAAACAUUAAAAUGAUUGUUCCACUGUAAACAUUUCUAUCAUUUUCUUCAGCAAGAAAUUUGAUUAAUUCUUUCUGAAUAUUAUCGAUAUUAUUCCAAUGCAUCAUUCUUCUUCCUCUUCGGUGUUCUAAAUUCCUACUGGAACUUAACACCUGCGUUUCAACUUAUUAUGAAUUGAAAACUUUUUGCUGCCCACCAUUGAUUGAAUGAAUAUGUAUCUUGAGUGGAAAGCCAUGAAGAUGACACUCAUCCGAUUGCGUUUUGUUAUGUUGCGCUUAUCAUAAUGGGACCCAUUAUAUGGGUAUGAUUAUAUGGUUACAUUUAGACAUGGAAAGUGAAUUGAGCAAGUCGCUUGGAUUAAACGCGUCCAAACACCUUUGCUCAACUCACUUGAACGGACAGUAAGUUGAACAUGUUCAACUCUUGGCAAGUAAAUUGCAUUAAACUAAGCUGUUCAAUUCACUUGCCCUUUCAAAACGUAGCAUUACGGUGAGAUAUUUCGGCUAAACUUAAUUACGCCUAUUUUAUUGUGCUUUCUCGAUUCCGUAUCCAAUAUCAGAUAUUUUUUGGGAUUUAAUAGAUUAUUUUUCGAUACUUUCGCAAGAAAAACUAGUUGAACGUACCCGACCUUGCUCGGGAUUAUACUACAGUCGCUCUCCACAUCUCGAUAUUGAAGGGACCAUCGAGAUAGGGAGAGAUCGAAGAAUGGAAGGAAAGUUUAAAUGGGUACUAGAUCCAAAACAGCUUGUUGCUAUGAAAAACGACAACAAAACAAAUAUCAUUGCUUAUUGUUGAUCUGUAUUGUUAUCGUCCAAAUAUGGUCUAGUAGUCUAAAAAUUUGAACAUAUCGACAUAAGGAGAGUGAAUCCAGAACAAAAUACGAUUACCGUGGGGCAUCGAAAUCCGUACACUUAAGCACCUUCGUAUAUGAAAAAGUCAUUAGAAAAUAGGAAUCGAAUGUAAAUAAAACGUUUGUCAUUGACACAGGCGCAUGAAGGCUUUUACUUUUGAAGUGUUUCACAUUUACUCAUUAAAAACUACGAAAAACAUGAUAAAAUAAUGAAUUAAAUCAACUACUCCUGACUCGAAAUCCGUCCACCGUGGACGGAUUUCGAAUCAAAGGAUCAAAAUCCGUACAGCUAUUUCUUAACUAAAUAUUUAAAUUGAAACAACCUGAUUGACUAAACUACCACUGUAAAUAGUUCGAUAUGCACCUUGAGAAGCGAUCCUGUCGAUUUGUAUUCCGCUUAUCUUAUGUAAUUAUUUGCAAUUAGCAAUAGAACACAGUUACUUUUGGUGCAAUUAUGCUGUACCCGAAAACAAGAUGGCGGCACAAACUCCGCGUUUGGUGGGUGUAGAUUAGUUUUUGAUUUUUGUGGUUUUAAUUUCAAAGCCUUCUUUCCAAUUCUAUGCCCUAAAAGCUUACUGUCAAGUAUCUGAACAGAAUAAGAUUAAUUAUUCCUACAUUAAUUACCUUUAACCUCUCUUAAUUUAUUGAUAUCUCAUGAGGUGGACGGAUUUCGGUCCCGCACGGUACAACACAUCGGGAUAGAAAGAUUUCAAGAUAGGGAAGCUAUCGAGAUGUAGAAAGCCAAAAUGUAUGUAGAUUGAAGAGACCGAGGAAACCAUCAACAUAGGGAGAGAUAUCGAGAUAUAGAGCAUCGAGAUUUACAGAGUCAACUAUAUUUUGCAUUCUUACUGUCAAUUGUUGAGUUCAUUCAGCGCCGCACUCUAGAUCAUUUUUAGCGCGAUCGUAUUGGGUUUCCUUACAACUCGCAUCAAAAUUGUAUUUUCACAAUUUCUCAACUUUCACCUCAAAAUUUAGUGAUAUUUUAUAACACAGCAGUCCUCAAGAUGAAUCGAUUAAUGAGAAACCCGUACAGAUCGGUCAACCCGUUCGUGAGUUAUAUUGCCUCAAAGGAAAUGCAAACUCAUUUUUAUAUAGAGAGAUUGUACCACAAACGUAAUUAUGUUUGAAUUGUAUUUAUAUCAGACUCUCAUAUCGGGCAGUUUGUUCACAAAAGUACGUUUCUCUCUGUCAAAUCAUAUUCACAAAUUGAUAACAAUUUGCAUUUGCAAUUAUGCAUGCGAGUUAAUUUGAAAAGAAAUCAUCAUUAAUUUUAUAAAAUCAAGAUAAUUCAACGCGGUGUGUGACAAAAAAAAAUGAGCAUCGCUAAUACUUUCACUACGUGAAAAUAUAGCUCUUAUGGGCCAAACACAUGGGAAAACUGUCAAAACGCACGCAAACGUGUCCAUUGUGUUUGACCCUUUAAGCUUUCAUUUCGUGACUAUUUAAAAAAAAUCUACCGAGGGGUCCCAACCACCUUUUUUUCCCUUAAACGGAACCUUUUAGUUGUAAAACAGUCUAUUAUUUACCACGUCACUACUAAAUGAGUUUCCUCGAUUUUUUUCUUCCAAUCGUCAUAUAAAAAAUUAAGGAGGAAUCGAUUAUUACCAAGUUAUAGUCUAAAUAACUUGUUUAUUGAAGCUCAAGCGUCAAAGAGCAUAACGAAGCCAAACUCGAUAAAUGUAUGAAAUCCUCUGAAAAUAGCUGAGAAACGCUUGGAUGGAGAUUAUGCACUGGUUCGAUAUCUUUUUUACAUAUAUACCCAAUUCUUUCUCAACACCUGCCAAAAUUGAAACUUGUUAUGCGAAUGAAUAAGUUUAACUGGUGUCAUAAAAUUAUUCAAAACGAUUGAUCAUGCUAAACAAUAAUCUACCAUAGUAAUAUAAAAGCCUUCCUUAGCCAUGCGGUGAUAUCCCAAGCAACAUUACAAGUUUUAUUCCGUUCUAGGGAUGGUUUUCAAAUAUCAAUUUAAAAUAAUUGUAACAGCAAUAUCCCUUUCCCCCCUAAAUAUAUUGAUAUUUCUCCCUAAUAUAUUUAUAAUGCAAAUCAACUACCAAAAAAGUGUUUUACGUGGUGAAAAUAUUGUCUAAUCAUGAAUUAUUGGAACGAUUAAUUGAGAUGCGGUUUACACUGAGUGAAAGCUGUUAGUAUUCCAUUUAGCUAUGUAGGUUUUCUUUUAACCUGCGCUUGAUGGGGAAACGUCAUUAACAGUACAACGAAAAAAUAAUUUUCUCCAUACUAAUUUGCAUGCAAACUUGAAACGGCUUGUGCUAAAUCAGUUUUAAUCCAAAUGAGCUCAAAUUUUCAGGGGAAACUCAGAACAUGGUAAAGAAUCAGAUGAGCAUUGUUGAUCAAAAUCAAUGUUUUGAACCACCCUAAUGCUCAUCUCACAAGUAGGUAAAAUAUUUUGUUACGUUACAUUUUCAAAAAUCCUUAAGUCUUGAAUGUCGAAAUUCCAUCGUUUUCCGAGCUCAAACAAUCAUUUUGUAAACUCUUAUGCAUCUAUAUAUCUAUAAAUCAUAAAUCUAUAAAUCUCUACGAAUUUUGCUAAUUUACAUUUAAAUUCAAAAAGUGUAACAAAACAUAAGUAAAUUGAUCAGGGUCACUUCCUUGCUGUUAAAAAAUACCAGUGAGUUUAACCAUUGCCUAGCGGUAAUGUUUGCUAGCCAAAUGUUGAAUUCAAUAAAUUCGGCUCCGUAAGUGUGUGUGUAUAACGAUCGUCAUAUGUUGGGUAGUUUAAUUAUAAUGUGUAUCGUGUAUCGUGGCGCCACAUGUGGGGUCGCCAGAAUUUCGUGAGAGUGAAUCAUAUUGUUAAUAUAUUAUGCAUCUCGAGAUAAAAUAGAAUACUGCGGCUUCCUGCUGGUUGCUUCUCAGGUAAUCGCAACGGUCACUAAACACAACAGUGUCAAUGAAAAUCUCACCCACUGUAUGCACUUGCCAUGAUAGACACUCUCCAUGUACUCAGUGACUCCGGUUGCCUCUCACUAAUACAAUCGAAAACUGUUGUCAUUUCGCGAAAAGCACGUGGUUUUGUUUUGAGCGGGAAAAUUUUGCCUAUCUUUUAACACGGCGGCUAUCUUGACGUUUACCUUCACAGUCGAGCCUGCGAGUGUAAGACCGCCGCAGCAUUCUAGAAAAAGAUUAGCACGACAAUAGUACAUUUGAUAAAAGUGUUGCAGUCAAAUGAGCAAACAGCAACAUGGUGUGCGAAACAGAGAGCGAGUAGGUGCACCGGUAUGGUCCCGCCGGAUACAGUUCAACGAGCUAUACUGCCGCUAACCGCAAGUCGAGCACAUCUGUAUAUGGAGCCCCAUAUACAGAUGUGCUCGACUUGCGGUUAGCGGCAGUAUAUCAAAUUUAUUAUACAUUUCCGCAAAAAUAUGCCUACUACACUUCUGCUACAACAUUUGAUUUUCCAUUUGCAUUCGAUUAAACAUAAUCGAUUAAGUUUGCAAAAAAAACAUCAAGCAUCCCUAUUUUUUUUCAUGAUGACAUUUGUUGUUUGUUGGCUUUGUUGUUUUUCAGCCGGCCGAUCUCCUCCUGGAUUUCCUGGAGAUUCGGAGCCGGAAGUCGCAUGUCCUGCGCGCGUGCUCCUAGAUUCAUUACCAUACCGCCACCGUUGUCUGCCAUAUCGCCAUUCAGGUAGUUAUACUUUGUAGUGUUGCCACCACCUUUGGAUCACCUCACGCUCGUUUGUAAGAAGGUUCCCGUUGAUGUCCCUACACAUAUCGGGCUGUGGCACGUGGCCCUUACGUGAACGGUUCAACGUCUCAUAGAACUUUCGUGCGUUAUUAGCGCGGUACAGUUCCUCCGUCUCUUCACGGUCUCGAUCUUCCUGCUGGCGCUUUUUCCUCCGGAAAAUCGAGUUUUGUCUGUUCCGCGCCCGUUUGUAUCGUGCCUCGUUCGCCCUCGUGCGGUGUUGCAGAAAUCUCGCCCAUGCUGCAUUCUUCUCCUCAACUAACUGCUCACAUUCGCCGUCAUACCAGUCGUUUCUCUGAUCCGGAGCCACCGUGCCUAGUGCAACGGUUGCGGUGCUUCCAAUGGCGGAUCGAAUAUCUCUCCAGCCAUCUUCAAGAGAUGCUGUGCCUAGCUGCUCUUCCGUUGGGAGUGCCACUUCCAACUGCUGCGCGUAGUCUUGGGCUAGUCUAUCGUCUUGUAGCCGCCCAAUGUUUAGCCGUGGCGGACGACUCCGACGCGUGUUGAUCACCGUCGAGAGUUUUGAGCGCAGACAUACUGCAACGAGGUAGUGGUCGGAUUCAAUAUUCGCACUGCGGCAAGUGCGUACGUUCGUGAUGUCGGAGAAGAAUUUACCGUCGAUUAGAACGUGGUCGAUUUGGUUUUCCGUUACUUGAUUAGGUGAUUUCCAUGUGGCCUUGUGGAUAUUCUUACGGGGGAAGAAAGUGCUUCGGACUACCAUUCCGCGGGAGGCUGCAAAGUUUAUGCAUCGUUGGCCGUUGUCGUUCGAUACGGUAUGCAGACUAUCCGGCCCGAUUACCGGUCUAUACAUUUCCUCCCUUCCUACCUGAGCGUUCAUGUCACCGAUGACGAUUUUGACGUCCCGCAGUGGGCAUCCAUCGUAUGUCUGCUCCAGCUGCGCAUAGAACGCUUCUUUCUCGUCGUCGGAUCUCCCUUCGUGUGGGCAGUGCACGUUGAUGAUGCUAUAAUUGAAGAAACGGCCUUUUAUCCUCAGCUUGCACAUCCUUGCGUUGAUUGGCUGCCACCCAAUCACGCGUUGGCGCAUCUUUCCCAGCACUAUGAAGCCGGUUCCCAGCUCGUUGGUGGUGCCACAGCUUUGGUAGAAGGUAGCCGCUCGAUGCCCGCUUUUCCACACUUUCUGUCCUGUCCAGCAGAUUUCCUGCAGCGCUACGACAUCGAAGUUGCGGGGAUGUAAUUCAUCGUAGAUUAUCCUGUCGCAACCUGCGAAGCCUAGCGACUUGCAGUUCCAUGUUCCAAGCUUCCAAUCGUGAUCCUUUAUUCGUCGCCUAGGUCUUUGCCGAUUAUAUCGAGUUGCAUUAUCUCUUAUAUUGUUCGUAAUUAUUGGUUUUCCAGGCGGCUUAUUGGGCCUGCGCAAACCUCCUGUCUCGUCGGAGGGCCGUCGUGUCAGGACUGUUUAGCGUCCCACCUAACACCAGGACUUGGGCUUGUGCGCUUUGAGCGGCACACGGUCGCUUUGGCGGAGCCUACUUGCGGAUUCAUGCAGCUUUUUAUAGAGGUUUAACAGGGCCCACUGUCAAACCCCACCACAUCCUAGGCAGACGCCACAACUCACAGAUGGCCUGGGGAGGGAUCGUCAAGCCCUUUGACAUAGUCCCUGCUGCUGUAGCUCAUUUUAUGACAAGUCCAUCGCUAAUUUAAUAAAAGUUAUCAUCAUGCUCCGGAGUCCGGUAAAAACAUCGCAAGUUUAAUACCAUGUUUAUUUAUUGCAAAAAAAAAUCACGCCGACUUGGUAAGCUGGUCCAUUUUCAAUCUGAAACUUAAACAAAUUCAUCUCAUAUCAAGUGAAAAAAAAUAGUGAAGUACCAAAUUCGUCCGGUAGUUUAUUUUUGCUAAAAUCCAUAGUUACUGCUAAAAAGUCAUAAAAAUAAUAAACUUGCACAUUCCCUUCUUAUACUUUGAUUUUAAUAGGAUGACUAUGCGAGGAAAACCACGGAAAUGUAAUCCCACUUAGUUCAAAGAUUAAAGAUUCGAGGGAAAAACUCUCACAAAAAAGCGGCCUUUCCGUAGCGCAGAGUAUUUAAAAUCUUAUUGACAGAGAACAUUAUUUUUAAAGAGUUGUAGCUAGAACCGCAAUUUGCAGUGCAACAGCAGAUUUUAGUAUAUAUUCGCAAAAUGCUUGCAGUUUUAACCAUAGAUAGCGUAAA